UUAAACUUUCUCAGGCCCUCUCCUCCAUGGACCCUUAUGCUCAUCAAGAAGACCAUGAUCACCUCAUAGACUUGGGGCUCAGCCUCAGAGCUUUGCAGCCUCAGCAUCAUCCCCGACCACGACCACAUUCGAUGAAUUGGGUGGCGGCGGCGGCUCAGCUGUCGGAUCUCUACCAGAAGGGAGAAGAGUGUGAGGAAGAGGCGGAGGUGGUGCAGAGCAAACGGCGGCGGGGUUAUGUGAAAGUGAAUAUGGAUGGUGUCAUUGUUGGCAGGAAAGUUUGCAUCUUUGAACAUGGUUACUAUUCUGGUCUUGCCCUUCAGCUCGAAGACAUGUUUGGUCGACAAUGUGAAUUUGGAUUGAAGCUAUUCGAAACAGAAUCUGAAUUCUCUUUGUUCUACAAAGAUGGAGAUGAGAAUUGGAGGAGUGUCAGUGACAUUCCAUGGAAGCAAUUCGUAGAAGGCGUGACGAGGCUAAGAAUUGCUCGGAAAGACGAGGCUUUUGUUGUCCUUCAUCAAAAUUAGGUUAAAUUUCCAUGGAAAUUGAACCUCAAUGGAAUUUUAUCUUGUGCUACAAUGGAGGCUUCUUUUCUCAUGGGCAAAUGACCUAAUUCUAAGCACCCUUUCAAGCAACAUCUUCCAAUAAAUAAUU